AUGGCAGUGAGCGAGAGGAGGGGGCUCGCCCGCGGGAGCCCCGCGGAGUGGGGGCCGCGGCGGCUGCUGCUGCUGCUGCUGUUGGGCGGCUGCUCCGGGCGCAUCCACCGGCUGACGCUGACGGGGGAGAAGCGAGCCGACAUCCAGCUCAACAGCUUCGGCUUCUACACCAACGGGUCCCUGGAGGUGGAGCUCAGCCUCCUCCGCCUGGGCCGCCAGGACCCAGACGAGAAGACCCCGCCGCUGGUGGGCUUCAGCCUGACCCGGGUUCGAUCUGGCAGUGUCCGGUCCUAUUCUCCCCAGGACCCCCAUGACUGUCCCCUCCAGAAGAACAGCAGCAGCCUCCUAGUCCUCUUCCUCAUCAACACCAAGGAUUUGCGGGUCCAGGUGCGAAAGUAUGGGGACCAAAAGAAGCUGCUCAUCUCCCCGGGGCUCCUCCCUGAGGGGCUCUCCAGCCCUGGGCUCCCCAAACCAGGGCCCUCGGCCCCCUCCAAGGGAAACAGCGUGGCCCCUGCUGGUGAAAAGGCUAGACCAGGGCCUACUGCGGUGUCUGAAGCAAGCCAGCAGAGCUCAAGUGGGAAGGACCAGGAGCUGGUGCUGGGCCUGGGCCACGGCAACAACUCCUACAACUUCAGCUUCCACGUGGUCAUCGGCUCCAGUGCCGAGGAAGGACAGUAUAACCUCAACUUCCAUAACUGCUACAACUCCAUCCCGGGGCGGGAGCAGCCGUUCGACAUCACGGUGAUGAUCCGGGAGAAGAACCCCGAAGGCUUCCUGUCAGCCUCGGAGAUCCCCCUGUUCAAGCUCUACAUGGUCAUGGCCGCCUGCUUCCUGGCGGCCGGAAUCUUCUGGGUGCUGGUUCUCUGCAGGAAUACGUACAACGUCUUCAAGAUCCACUGGCUCAUGGCGGCCUUGGCCUUCAUCAAGAGUGUCUCCCUCCUGUUCCACAGCAUCAACUACUACUUCAUCAACAGCCAGGGCCACCCCAUCGAGGGCCUCGCCGUCAUGCACUACAUCACACACCUGCUGAAGGGCGCCCUCCUCUUCAUCACCAUCGCCCUGAUCGGCUCAGGCUGGGCCUUCGUCAAGUACGUGCUGUCGGACAAGGAGAAGAAGAUCUUUGGCAUCGUGAUCCCUCUACAGGUCCUGGCCAACGUGGCCUACAUUGUCAUCGAGUCCAGUGAGGAGGGCUCCAGUGACUACGGGGUGUGGAAGGAGGUGCUCUUCCUGGUGGACCUCAUAUGCUGCGGCGCCAUCCUCUUCCCAGUCGUCUGGUCCAUCCGGCACCUCCAGGACGCGUCGGGCACCGAUGGGAAGGUGGCAGUGAACCUGGCCAAGCUGAAGCUGUUCCGGCAUUACUACGUCAUGGUCAUCUGUUACGUCUACUUCACACGCAUCAUCGCCAUCCUGCUGCGAGUGGCUGUGCCCUUCCAGUGGCAGUGGCUGUACCAGCUGCUGGUGGAGGGCUCCACACUGGCCUUUUUCAUCCUCACCGGCUACAAGUUCCAGCCCGCAGGGGACAACCCGUACCUGCAGCUGCCCCAGGACGAUGAGGACGACGUGCAGAUGGAGCAGAUAAUGACGGACUCUGGCUUCCGGGAAGGCCUGUCCAAAGUCAACAAAACCACCAGUGGCCGAGAGCUGUUGUGA